AGAAACUUGUCUUGGGGAUUAAUAGGAGGCAGGAGGAGGGAGAGGUGCACACAGGAAAACACCCGGACCAUGAAGGCGGCCCUCGCGUUCCUUCUCCCACUGGUGCUCGCGCUGGUGCCGGCGGGCAGCGGGCAGCGGCGGAAACCCCCGCGCAGGCCCACGCGGCCGCCCGCGCCCUUCGAGGAGCCGGCGGAGCCCACGGAGCUGCCCCCUCCCCUCCCUCCGGGCCCGCCGUCCGUCUUCCCCGACUGCCCGCGGGAAUGCUACUGCCCGCCCGACUUCCCGUCGGCGCUGUACUGCGACAGCCGCAACCUGCGCACGGUGCCGGUGAUCCCGCCGCGCAUCCACUACCUGUACCUGCAGAACAACUUCAUCGCCGACCUGCCCGAGGAGUCCUUCCGCAACGCCACCGGCCUCAAAUGGGUCAACCUGGACAACAACCGCAUCCGCAAGGUGGACAGGAAGGUGCUGGAGAAGCUGGAAAACCUCAUCUUCCUCUACAUGGAGAGGAACCAGCUGAAGGAGGUGCCCGCCUUCCUGCCGCCCAACCUGGAGCAGCUGCGGCUCAGCAGGAACCAGAUCUCCAAGAUCCCCGCCGGCGUCUUCAACAAGCUGGAGAACCUGGUGCUGCUGGACCUGCACCACAACAAGCUGAGCGACGGCGUCUUCAACAAGAACACCUUCAAGGGGCUCAAGAACCUCAUGCAGCUCAACCUGGCCCACAACAUCCUGAGGAAGAUGCCCCCCGGCGUGCCCAGCGCCAUCCACCAGCUCUUCCUGGACAGGAACAACAUUGAGGACAUCCCCAGUGAUUAUUUCAAGGAGUUUCCCAACCUGGCUUUCAUCCGGCUCAACUACAACCAGAUCUCGGACAAGGGGCUGCCCAAAAAUUCCUUCAACCUCACCAACCUGCUGGUGCUGCACCUGGCCCACAACAAGCUCACCAACGUGCCCUUCAUCAGCCCCAAGCUGGAGCACCUCUACCUGAACAACAACUCCAUCGAGAAAAUCAACGGCACGCAGAUCUGCCCCACCUCGCUGGUGUCCAUCCAGGAUUUCUCGCCCUCCGACCUGGACAGCGUCCCCCGGCUCCGCUACCUGCGGCUGGACGGGAACCUCCUGAAGCCGCCCAUCCCUCUGGACCUGAUGCUGUGUUUCCGCCUGCUGCAGUCCGUGGUGUUUUAGCCCUGCCCCGCCUCUCCCAGGCCCGGCUUUGCUCGGACGUUUCACCCCCGACACGUGGGACCCUCUCUCCUCCCUCUGCCCCUGCUCACUCCCCGCCUCCAUCCUCCUCCUCUCCCCCGUCCGCCCCUUUUCCUGCCCUGCAGGGACGCUGGUGGCUCCCUGGGGACCGCUCGGUGCAGGACAGCGCCGUGUCCCGCCUGCCACCGCAGGUCACAGCUCCCUGUCCUUGUCCCCCAGGCCCAGCCCGGAGCCGGCUCCGUCUCUCCCUCGGGGGUUGGGGCCGGUCCGGGUGGAGCUGCUGGGCUCGGGCGUGUCCCUGCUCCUGGGGAGCCAUUCCCGCUGGAUUUUGGAGCGGGGAUGGGAUGGAGUUGAGAGCGGUGGGAUCCGUGGAAGGGGAGGGAGGAUGGACAAUCAGGCCAUCCCAGGGGAUGGGGACACUCCUGUCACCCUUCUGGAGAACUUUGGCUCCACAUUUCUCUGCAGGAGGAGGAUCCAAAUCCCUCCUGGAGCUGUGGAUCUGCCGGGAUGGAGCAGGGAGGGGCACACCUUCCCACACCCCCUGGGCAAGAGCAGACCCUGCCCGGCUUCAAAUGCCCCAUCCCAGCACCGAUCCAUGGGGCCACAGCCCCAUCCCAAAAUCCUGCAUAAUUCCCUGUAAAAUCUGAGGAUGCAGGGACAUAUCUGUGGGGUGACAGCCCCAUCCCAAGAUCCUGCAUCCACAUCCAUGGGGCCAUAGCCCCAUCCCAAAAUCCUGCAUCAUUCCCUGUAAAAUCUGAGGAUGCAGGGCCACAUCUGUGGGGCCACAGCCCCAUCCCAAAAUCCUGCACCCUUCCCUCCGAGAUCUGAGGAUUCAGGGCCACAUCCACGGCUCAGUUUCUCUCCGGAGCCAAUGACACAUGGCUGAAUUUUGCCUUUUUUUUAUUAGAAAUAAAAGGAAGGGAGAAGAAAAGGGAAGAAUCAUCCUUUGGAAGGGCUAUUUUUAUCCCUGCUCUUCCCCAUCCUCACAUGUAUCGCUUCCCCCCCCUUAGCUGUACCUGCAUUUAUAGGGUGUCCGGGUUUAGGGGGGAUUAUUCUCUUCUUUUCUUCCUGAGUCUCAGGAUUUGGAUUUAAAGGCCGAGCAUUAGAGAGGAAAAAAAAAAAAAAAAAAAAAUCAAAAUCCAACUGCAACGAGCAUUAAAUAAACCAAAGAAAGCUCCUUUGUGUCCAGCCAGCAGAACUGACCCUUCCCGGGAUGGCCACGGACGGGCACCGUGUCCUAAUCCCUGCGGCUGGCACAGGGAUGCUCCCCUUUCUCCAUUAAUUAAAACCUCGUGCUAAUUAAGGAGGGUUUUUUCCUGAUGAUCAAAUCUCCCUUCCAGCUCUCCCUGCAGUUGGGUGGGACAGGUUUCAGCCCUAAACCCGGACGGAGCCCCCUGGAUUUAUAUAUAUUUAUAUCUGAUGUGUAUAUAGACUGGUAGAAUGUACAGAUGUUCCUAACGCCACGUGUACCUCCCGACCCGGCAACUUUAUGGGAUUUUCACUCCCACUCCCCGCAGCAGUGGAAAUAAAAUCAUUCA